GUAAAACGGUGUUGAAAAGAUCUGACUUUAUGUCUUUAGGAUUGAACCAGGAAGUGGAAGCAACAGUGAUGAACUGUUGCCUUUCUCAGUUAUCACACAUUGCUGGAGAGAAGGGCAAGGAUGUUUAUGUUCUUGAUUCAUAUGUGGUGGCCACUUGGCAACCACCUCUGAAUUGUGAUCCAUUUCUGUCCCUGCCAACCGAUGCAUCCUCAAAAGACUGCAUCCUGUUUCCUAUAUGCAAAUCAGGUCACUGGACCCUAUGCCACAAUCGCAAUAAAGAUGGUUCCAGGAUCUUGGAAGCUGGUUAAAAACAAGGGUGUUCCAGCACAGUCAGGAUCUGUGAACUGUGGAGUAUUCAUGCUAAUGUAUGCACUGUACAUGGUGUUUAACUGGGAGUUUGACUUUACCCAGAAUGAUAUGGCCCAUAUCAGGCGGUGGUGGGUGAAUCUGCUACUGUCAAAAAUGACACAUGGAAGAAAGAGGAAGUGCACAUCAGCCAUGCCAGUCAGUGAAGAGACAGAACGAGAGGAGGCAGGACAAGUACCAAACAUCGAAAUCUUGAUGUUGCCGGACGCUGUCCUGUCUGAAAUUCUACUCCUCGUGGUCCUUGAGGAGGGGGAUUCUGGAUUGUUGAAUCUGUCUUUAGUUUGUUCUAAAUUCAGAAGUCUGGUGGAUACAGACUCAUUUAGGAGGAGGGCACACUUCUGCUGGCUUGACAGUGUAACAAAUUGGAGAGGGAAGACUUGUCAAGAGUAUUAUCAGAUGUACACACUGCAGCCCUGCAGACACUGCAAUGACAUUUACAAGAACUGCUUACCAGGUUAUGUUGGAAGAGGAAAACGAGGAGAAAUCCAAGGCUUUUACUCUGAAAACACCAUCCAGGGUUUUGCAGUGAUUGGUGUCAGCUGCUGGAGAGUGAAAAUUCAUUCACUCUUCCAGGUCCAGUCUAAAAGCCUACUUGAACUAUCCAACUCGUCUAAUUGCGUAGGACAUAUAAGAUCGGUUCCAACCAGCACACAGCUUGUUCCGCCUGCUUCAAUCGGGUAG